GCCCUCGGAGGCGGCGGGAGCGGGCGCAUCCCCCCCCCCGCCGCAGUGCUGUGGGCUCGGCCCUGUUUGAAGCUGUCGCGGGCCGGGUCCGGUGCGCGCUGCAGAGCCAGCGGCGGUUCUGCGAGGGCAGGCGCCGGCACCGGCACCGGCCGGCCCAGGAACACCGCCAUGCCCAAGCCCGGCGAGGAGGAGCCCCCGCGCCCGGACGGCGGCCUCGAGGAAGCCGAGCCCUCCCGGGAGAGCCGCGAGGAAGAGCCGCCUGCCCUCCGCCCGCCCGACAGCCCUCCACAAAUUCUCUCCGUGAGUGAACUACUGGAAACAGCUCAUGAGAUUUCCAAACUGACCAUUGCACAUGAAAUUGUACUCAACUGUGACUUCAAACUGCAAGCGGUCAACUUUGCCCCAAACAGCCUGGAAAACAGAGUAAAGGAUACACUGCACAAAGCCUUCUGGGACAGCCUGAAGGAACAGCUCUCUGCUAGUCCCCCAGACUACACUCAGGCAAUCCAACUGCUGCAGGAGAUAAAAGAGGCUCUGCUAUCACUGCUGUUGCCACGGCACAACCGAUUGCGAAGCCAAAUUGAAGAAGCCCUGGACACGGAGUUGAUUAGACAGGAGGCUGAACAUGGGGCUCUGGAUAUCCACAGUCUCACCAUGUACAUCCUUGGCACGAUGGCAAUGCUGUGCGCGCCUGUUCGAGAUCAGGAAGUACAAAGAUUGCGGAGCCUGACAGAUCCAGUUCAACUUCUUAGGGAGAUUUUCCGGGUGUUGGACCUCAUGAAAAUGGAUAUGUUGAAUUUUACCAUCCAGAGCCUCCGCCCCCACUUGCAGGACCACUCCAUCCAGUACGAACGGAAGAAAUUCCAGGAGCUCUUAGAUAAGCUACCUAAUAGCCUGGAUCACACAACGGAGUGGCUGCGCAAAGCAGCAGCAGAACUGUCUGUGUCCUCUUCACAAUCUCCACCCCACCCUGCAGUCAGCAGCUCGCCUGCCUCACCCUCACAGGGAGCAGUCAGCAAUAGCGCAGCGCUGCCAAGCCCCACGUCUGUGCUAAACCGAGGGUACAUGAAUCUGCUCUGCUGGGAGCCUGGACAAAAGGAAUAUCCUGAGACACUGUUUAUGGAUCAGGCCCGACUGCAGGAAGUACAGUCGCAGGUGAAUCAGCUUACCAUCACAGCUGCAGUCCUGCUGGUGACCAGUGGCAUGUGUGGAAGCACCUUAUUUGGCUCACCUGGGUUUGUAGCUAGGCUGAAACGGGUAACAAAGGUCCUCUUGGAAGGGCUCUCUUGUACCAGGUUUGAAGAAGCUUUACAAGACAUCGGCAAUCAAGUGCUCCAGGAAGUCAGCAGGACUCUUUCACAGCUGGGUUACCCUGCUUUUACCAGUGACAAAUGUGCCUCCCUGAAAGGCCAGAUAAGAAGCAUCGCAGACAAGGACAACGCAGUGCGGAGUGUCAUUGAGCAGCGGAUUCAUUCAUUCCUCAGCCUUUUUAUUUCCCCUAAUGGACAGAAUUCUCUCAAGGACCUCCCAAAGGGCCUUGAUGCCAUUCAAGAAGAGCUGCUGGAAGUUGGGCGCAGGUUUGGAAGUGUGAUCCACCACAACAGGCAGGUGUUUGGACCUUACUACUCAGAAAUUCUCAAGAAAGUGCUUUUCCCAGAACCGGAACCAGACACAGGAAUAGACUCUUUCUGAUCAUCUUCGCUACAUAUCACACAGGAGGGCAGGAGUGGAACAGAUUCUCCAGCAGUUUCUCAAAUCAUGCUUUAGCUUGUAAAAAGCAACUGGAAGUAAACACAGCUGGGCGAGCGGAGCUACUAGGAAGUGACUUGGCAUUGUCAGUUGGCACUUAUGUAUCUGAAUAAACCUUUCAACUGCAAAAA